GUGUUGGAUCAAGGACACAUUUAAAACCUGCAGGACACCGGCACCCGAGGCCUGGAGUCGCCUACCCCUGCACUAUAUUAUAGUGCUCGUCUCUCAGCUGAAAUGUUUGGGAUGUUUAAAUCUCUUUCUGCUACAGGCAGACAGAGCACGCGAGGCCUGACUGAUAGCGCCCAUGGCGAGCAAUAACACGGCCAGCAUCGCACAAGCCAGGAAGCUGGUGGAACAGCUGAAGAUGGAAGCCAACAUCGACAGGAUAAAGGUGUCUAAAGCUGCAGCAGACUUGAUGUCAUACUGCGAAGCUCAUGCCAAAGAGGACCCUCUAUUGUCACCGGUGCCAGCGUCGGAGAACCCGUUCAGGGAGAAGAAGUUCUUCUGUGCCAUCUUGUAAACUCGGCACGUCCCUGCAGCAGUCUGCUUAGUGUGGGGACUUUGAACAUGGACGUUCAAAACACGUAGAAAUCUUCUAGUAGGAGGGCACGUCGAUCAUUGCCCCCUUUUCUCGAACGGCACCUAAAGAGUGCAAAAAUUAAAGUGUAACCAUUAAAGCGGUGCAAUUGUUUUUGAGGGGCUGUGCGGCAUGUUGAAGGGUUCUGCGCUUUUAGAUGACACAAAAGGGAUGAUGACGAUGAGGAGGAGGAGGAGUGUGAUGAUAACCACCUAGAGACAUGAUGGACAAGCAGUCAACCUGCCAUGUCGUCGGGUUGUGAUGUGUAACAACAAAAAAUUGAUAAAAUGAAAAAAAUAUGGAUGUGGUUCUUUUGGGACUUGCAGAUGUUUUGUUCAGUGGUUUAAGGGUUGGUUGAGCUCUGUAGGAAAGCAACAAAAAAACAAAAAAACUACACCUACCACUAGACGCCACCUGUAUAUUGGAAUGUUUUUUUUAAGUUGUUUAUUUUGUGUUUAUUCCAACUUUACCUAAAUAUCUUUCUAUAACUACGUGAUUACUGAAGUCUUUUUUUUUUUUUUUUUAACACCAACAGGUUAGUGAUAACUUUUUUAAUGGGAUGUUUGACACAUUCAACUCUGUGACCUUUACCUUUCUGAAAAUCAGUCUCUGUGUAUCAACAUCUAGCCUGUCUGGCACAUGUGAUGCAGUUUGUCUCCUUCAGAUACAAACCCUCUUUCUACUAUUUGUAUGAAAUGACUAGCAAGUAAACUGUGCCGUGCUGUGAGUUCUGAAUGUUUGUGUUUGUAUCAUUAACUAUUGCAUGAAACAGUCAAAUGAUCUUCUCACUUUCCUUUCAUGUGGAGGUUGUAUAAAAUAGGCAGUCUCAUUCUGGAGGUGAGAAAAGUAAAUAUUAAAACAAGGAUGAUUCAAUGCAGA